AUGGAGAACAACAAUGUCAACAUGAACGUCCUCCCUGCCAACUCGAAGCUAUGGCUACUUGAUUUGGGUCAUCUGGAUUGCGAGGCCACUGCGCUCUAUUUGGGAGCAAAUUCUACCGGCGUUGGCAAAGGGCCAAUUGAGCAUGAGCGGCGGGAUGCUGUGAUGAUCUCCGCAUUACUUUCCCACCCCGAUGUUGGCUUGGUUCUCUUCGAUGUUGGUAGUUGCGAAGACAUAAUAAAAAACUGGCACCCGGCAAUCGCAGAAUGCACACCGCGGGAAUGGGAGAAAGGCGUUCAUGACCUUCCGUCGGCUAUCAAAGCAACAGGUGCUGGGACAAUAGAGGAUGUCAAAGCAGUUGUUAUUAGCCAUUUACAUUACGACCAUGCUGGGGGAUUGGAGAACUUUAUGGGAACAGACGUCGAAAUCUGGUGCCACGAGGAGGAGCUCAAGUACGCAUUUUGGUCAUGCGCAACGGGAAUGGACCGCGCCUUCAUGGUCCCGCACUACUUAGUUCCCGAUAAGUUGAACUGGAAGACGUUUAAACGUGAGACAUUCGAUAUCUGGCCUGGUGUGAGACUGCACCAUGUUCCAGGCCACACACCUGGCUCCAUCAUGAUGGAGCUGACCAUGGAGAAAGCGGGCACGGUGCUGCUCACCAGCGACCUCUUCCACGUGAAGGAGAAUUUCGAAGACGGAAUCCCGCAGUCCGGACCGCUGAUAAGAGACUACACAGCCUGGUAUCGCAGCUCCGAGUUCGCCAAGCACCUUGCCAAACAGAAAGGCGCCAAAGUCGUCCUGGGCCACGAGAACAAAUAUUUUGAGGCCAUGCCGCGCAGUCCUGCCUUUACUGAGUAA